AACCCAGUACAUGUGCGUUAUGUCUAUUAAUAUAAAUCUUCCAAACUGCUAACUCCGAAGAGAUAGAGUUUGUAACAUAAUUUCUCUCUUCUCAUAUCUUUCAAUAUUCUCUAUAUAUCUCAGGCCAGUUUCUUAAGGUGUCAAGAGAAGAGAGAAAAUAAUAAUCUGUUUGUUUCUCGGGAAAAUAUUAUAAUGGAGAGCAAAAGUUAUGGGGGCGUGGAGGGGGUGGAGAAAGAAGUGAAGGUGGCUAACAAGAGAGGAGCCGGUGGUUGUGAGGGUCUGCUUAGGGUUUUGGCGUUUGUGUUUUGCUUAUCGGCUGCUGUCAUUCUUGGAGUUGACAAGCAAACCAAAGUGGUUGCUAUGAAGCUUCUGGAUUCUCUCCCACCCAUCAAUGUUCCUGUUCCGGCCAAGUGGUAUUACUUGUCUGCUUUCAAGUACUUCGUGGUGGCGCAUGCCAUUGCAUGUGCGUAUGCAGUAAUUUCUCUAAUUCUUUCAAUGGGGAAUCGCGGUGGAAAGAAGAGUUGUAUUGGGUUUGCAAUUGAGGUGGCUGACAUAGUGAUGGUAGCACUGCUCUUCUCUAGCAACGGUGCGGCAGUGAGCAUCGGGCUGAUGGGUUUCCAAGGAAAUUCACAUGUGAAAUGGAAUAAGGUUUGCAAUGUGUUUGGCAAGUUUUGUCACCAAGCAGCUGCUGCUUUUGUGGUGUCUGCCCUUGGAGCCCUUGCAUUUCUAUUGGUUGUUGUCUUUGCCCUCAAGCGCCUUCACAAAAAAUAAUAUUUAUCCAAUUUAUUAAUCCUUCGGCCUCUUAAACAAUAAUUGUGGCUCAUUAAAUUAGAUUUUUGUUAAUGUCACUUUUUUUUUUAAAUUUGUGCUUGUAAAAUAUUCAAAUGUUGUGGUUACGAAUUAAUGUUGUGAUUAUAGAAUUUGUAUCAAACUUUAAAUAAUUAAUUGCUUUUUGUGGGGACAA